UCUCCCUUUUAUUGAAAUCCUCAAUUUCAAUUUGCUCUGUGCCCAUUCAUUCACAACCAUACUCUCUUUUUCUUCUUCUGCCGCUGCUUCUAUCUGUGAUUCUCAUCAUGGCUUCGAGGGUAGUCUUAUUGUUGGCUAUGUGCGUUCUUCCGGCGAUGGUUGUAGCCAUACGCCCAGCCAAGAACCCUUUUUGCGUUAAGGGUCAAGUCUACUGUGACCGUUGCCGUGCUGGUUUUGAGACCUCCGCCACCACCUACAUUGCUGGUGCGGAGGUUGAAUUGCAAUGCAAGAACAGGGUUACGAACGAGGUUGUAUACUCGAAGAAGGGGUGGACUGACCGAACAGGAUCAUACAAGAUUUGGGUGAAUGAGGAUCACGCAGAUGAAGUGUGUGAUGCCAAGCUUGUAGACAGUCAUCACUCUCAGUGUACGGAAGCCACUCCAGGGCGUGACCAAGCACGGGUUAUUCUUACACGUUACAAUGGCAUUGCCUCAGAUGAUAGGUUCGUCAAUGCUAUGGGCUUCAUGUCGGAGGAGGUUGCUUCGGGCUGUGCAGAUAUCCUCAGGCAAUACCAGGAGUUCGAUAAUGAGAAUUAAUCAGAGUGUAUCUGCUUUUGUAUUUGGGUUUCUAAUGUCUAUUUAAUUCAAUCUUGAUGUGGAGUGUUAUCUCGACAUUUUCAAUUUAUGCUAUAUGUUAAUGCUAAUGGACCCUGCUGAAUUAUAUGUUAUUACAUCAAGAUCUGUCUUAGACUUGAGGAUGGAGUAUAUUUUGUGUCUUGUAAUAAACUAUUCUUUUAUCUAUAUCUGCGUAUUUUGAAGAGGGAUUUUGUUUUCGUCGAGAGUGAAUUGUAAGAAAGGGUCACUCUUGGAUUGGCUUUCUUUACUUGAAGAUUAUAGUUGGG